AUGAAUCGUAGCAACAAUCCCCAAUGUUCCCAUCGGUACCACUAUCAUUUAACAUGGCGACCAGGAACCGAGAAAAACAACAAGAAGAAAUUACCAUAUACCGCAUCUCCCGUAGAGUUCCCUGCCAUAAGCCGAACCACGGCUAACCCUCGCUCGGGUGCAGUAAUCCUAAACCAAAAGCGCCCCAUCAACCCUGUUCGAAGUUAUGAACAGCUUCUAGAACCCCUGGUGUCCUUCUGCAUCACAAGGAUUCCCGCAUUGAACCUCAAGGGGAAACCAAGGGACAUGAAAACCCUUGAUCGUGAAGACGAAAUGGUGGCAAGAGCAGAAUUCAAAGGAGCAGAGCCCAAUGAGGGGAACCAGGAAAGAAAUCAAUCGAUUCCAUCACAUCACGUUACCGGCUGCGAAACCAAAAUAUGGGGGAAUACAAAAGGUGCCUAG